AUGUGGAACCUCUGGAAAGAACCGUACCAGGACUUGGAGGCGCAGGGAAUGUACAAGCUCAGACAGAGUCAAUAUAUGAGUCGGGUGCGUACACACAUCUUCUCGCUGCUGCUUGCGUUAUCCAUGUCUGUCGUCGCUAUUCAUUUCUACAUUAAGGCAGCUCGCCUCAGUCAGGAGUUCGAGGACCAGAUCGGCUCGCGGCUCCUCAAUAUAGAUACCCUCACACAUGACGUGAUCGUCAAGCCGAUCCAUUCGCACAAUGACGAAUGGAGAAGACAUCCGUUGGUGGACGCCCUAAAAGUGGGCGCGAAUUCCGUGGAAGCCGACUGUUUCUACUUCCCAAAUGACCCGGAUACCAUAUAUGUGGGUCAUAACACUGCCUUUCUCAAAAAGGAGCAGAACGUCGACUCGCUAUAUCUGGACCACUUGUACGAUAUGUUAGAGAAAGCCAAUGUCAAAAAUGACACUUCUCGCAAAAAUGGUAUUUUCUAUACUUCGCCGGAAACCACCACAUACUUCUACAUUGACAUUAAGACCAAGGGCGAAGAGCUGUUGGAGGCACUGAAUAAGAAACUGGAGCGAUUCCUCGCCAAGGGAUACCUCACUACCUACGACUCUGAAAAAGACGAAUUUCGCGAAGGGCCUCUCACCAUCAUUAUCACAGGAAAUUACCCUUACAAUUACAUAAGUUCGCAAAAACUCCGUUACACCUUUAUCGAUGCACCAUUGAAAGAUCUUGUGGACCCAGAGAAGGCCCGUCUCUAUCCGGCCGGCAAAAUCUCGAUAUUUUCUUCCGCUUCGCUAUCUGAGCUGACAGGCUCCCACAAGGCGCUGAGUUUGUUCAACGGGCUGUCCACUCACCAGCUCGCCGACAUUGAGAAAUAUAUCUCUGCUGCUCACAAAGUCGGGCUCAAGACACGGGUCUGGGACACCCCGAAGUUCACAAAGUCGAUCAAACACACCGUUUGGAAGCAGAUUAUUGCCCUGGGAUCUGAUUAUCUAAACGCCGAUGAGCUUAAGGAAGCCGUCAGCAUAUGA